UGCACGCGCUGCCGUGAGCACGUCCUGAAAUCCAGCUCAGGCACAGCUGUUACCUUUCCGCCGCGUGCACAAGUUCACCUUCAGGAUCAUUUUCGUUCAUCAUGCCCGUCAUCGAUCCCGACAGCAUCCUCAGUUACCAGAGGCCAGAUGAGGAGGUGGUGGUGGACCAGGGAGGGACCAGCUCUGUGCUUAACAUCCACUAUGAAAAGGAGGAACUAGAAAGCCACAGGACUCUGUUUGUGGGGGUGCGGAUGCCCAGGCAGAGCCAUCGACACCACAAGACCCACAGCUCUCGCCAUCGCAAAAGAGACAGAAGAACUGGAAGCAUCACUGCUCAACCAAGCGACGGAAAUGAGACAACCACAUCUAGUCAGGACACGCCAUCCCAGCGGGUUCAGUUCAUCCUGGGCAUGGAAGAUGAUGCUGAUCAUGUGACCCACGAGCUGUUCACUGAGCUGGAUGAGAUCUGUGUGAAGGAUGGCAAAGAUGCUGAGUGGAAGGAAACAGCCAGGUGGCUGAAGUUUGAGGAAGAUGUGGAGGAUGGAGGGGAGAGGUGGAGUAAGCCCUACGUAGCUACCCUCUCCCUCCACAGUCUGUUUGAGCUGCGCAGCUGUAUCAUUAAUGGCAGCGUGCUGCUCGACAUGCACGCUGACUGCAUUGAGGAGAUUGCAGACAUGGUGCUAGACCACCAGGAGGCAUCCCAUGAGCUUGAUGACAGUGUCAGGGUGAAAGUGCGAGAGGCUUUGCUGAAGAGACACCACCACCAAAAUGAGAAGAAAAAGAACCUGAUUCCUAUGGUGCGCUCUAUUGCAGAUGGGAGCCGCAAGCAGACAGAGACGCAUCUGACAGCAGGGUUGGUCACGUCUCCUCAGCCACCGCCUGAACAAUCAGAGGUCAAGAACAGUGCCGGUCAGGAUGGCACACAGACGGACCACACAAAGGUGGACCUGCACUUCAUGAAGAAGAUCCCAGAGGGUGCUGAGGCCUCCAAUGUGCUUGUGGGGGAGCUGGAAUUCCUGGAGAGACCCAUCGUAGCUUUUGUCCGUCUGUCCCCAGCUGUGCUGCUCACUGGACUCACUGAGGUCCCAAUACCUACCAGGUUUCUCUUCAUCCUCUUGGGCCCAAAUGGAAAGGCUCAACAAUACCAUGAAAUUGGACGGUCAAUGGCAACCAUCAUGACAGAUGAGAUCUUCCAUGAUGUAGCAUACAAGGCAAAGGACAGAAGUGACUUGCUGGCUGGGAUAGAUGAGUUCCUGGACCAGGUGACUGUCUUGCCACCAGGGGAGUGGGAUCCUUCCAUUCGCAUUGAGCCACCUAAGAAUGUCCCCUCUCAGGUGAAGCGGAAGAUGCCUGGAGUUCCUAAUGGCAAAGCUUGCCAGGUAGAGGAGGAACAACAUGGUGAAUGUCACGGGCCGGAACUACAGAGAACAGGGAGGCUGUUUGGUGGUCUGAUACUGGACAUCAAAAGAAAGGGUCCAUUCUAUGUGAGUGAUUUUAAAGAUGGCCUGAGUCUGCAGUGUGUGGCCUCCUUCCUCUUCCUUUACUGUGCCUGUAUGUCUCCGGUCAUCACAUUUGGAGGACUGCUUGGAGAGGCGACCGAAGGACGGAUUAGUGCCAUUGAGUCCCUGCUUGGUGCUUCUAUGACCGGAGUGGCCUACUCACUAUUUGCUGGUCAGCCUCUCACAAUUCUGGGCAGCACAGGGCCUGUGCUUGUUUUUGAGAAGAUUCUCUUCAAAUUUUGCAAAGACUAUGAUCUUUCUUACCUGUCGCUGAGGACAUCCAUUGGCCUGUGGACAGCUUUGCUGUGUUUGGUGUUGGUCGCCACAGACGCGAGUUCUCUGGUGUGCUACAUCACACGGUUUACAGAGGAGGCCUUUGCCGCCCUCAUCUGCCUCAUCUUCAUAUACGAGGCCUUGGAGAAACUGUUCCACUUGGGAGAAAUUUACCCCUUUAAUGCACACAUCGAUCUGGACAAACUCACACUGGCAUACUGUAGGUGUGCAGAGCCUGGUGAUCCCAAUAAUAAAACCUUACAACUAUGGCUUGACAAUAACAUUACAGCAUCUGCUGUACCUUGGACCAACCUUACUGUCAAGGAGUGCAUCAGCCUACAAGGGCACUUUGUUGGGACAGCAUGUAGCCACCAUGGCCCCUAUACCCCAGAUGUCCUCUUCUGGUCCACUAUCUUGUUCUUCUCCACAUUCUUCAUGUCUACCUUCCUCAAACAAUUUAAGACAAGUCGCUAUUUCCCCACCAAGGUUCGGUCUAUGAUCAGUGACUUUGCAGUUUUCCUGACGAUUGUCUUCAUGGUUGUGCUUGACUAUGCUGUUGGUGUACCUUCUCAGAAGUUGCAAGUACCCAGCAAAUUCAAGCCUACCAGAGAUGAUCGAGGUUGGGUGAUCAAUCCAAUAGGGCGCAACCCAUGGUGGACAGUCCUGGCAGCGUCUAUUCCUGCUCUUCUCUGCACCAUCCUCAUCUUCAUGGACCAACAGAUAACUGCUGUCAUAAUCAACCGCAAAGAGCACAAAUUAGUGAAGGGUUGUGGGUACCAUUUGGAUCUCCUGAUGGUAGGGCUGAUGCUGGCAGUGUGCUCUGUCAUGGGUUUACCCUGGUUUGUAGCCGCCACAGUCCUGUCUAUCAGUCAUGUCAACAGCCUGAAGCUGGAGUCAGAGACCUCUGCUCCUGGAGAGCAGCCUCGCUUCCUGGGCAUCAGAGAACAGAGGCUCACUGGCCUGGUCAUCUUCCUCCUCAUGGGCUGCUCUGUGUUCAUGACUGGAGCGCUGCAGUUCAUUCCUAUGCCGGUGUUGUAUGGUGUUUUCCUUUACAUGGGAGUGUCAUCGUUAAAAGGAAUACAGUUCUUUGACCGUCUGAAGCUGUUUGGCAUGCCAGCAAAACACCAGCCAGACUUCAUUUACUUGCGCCAUGUUCCCUUGAGGAAGGUGCACCUGUUCACCCUCACCCAGCUCACCUGUCUGGUGCUGCUCUGGAUCAUAAAGACCUCACCUGCCGCAAUCAUUUUCCCCAUGAUGGUGCUGGCUCUGGUGUUUGUCCGUAAGCUGCUGGACCUGUGCUUCUCCAACAGAGAGCUGAGCUACCUGGAUGAUUUAAUGCCUGAAUGGAAGAAAAAAAACCUUGAUGAUGCCUCCAAAAAGAUGGAGGAGGAAUCUCUAGUUAUGAUGAGCACUAAAAAGGAGGAAACAACUGUUGUUCAGAUUCCACUGGAAAGCAACCUCCCUGCUCAGGCUCCAAAACCACAUGACCCCAGGUGUGACCCCUCUGACAUUAAUAUUUCUGAUGAAAUGUCAAAAACCACCGUGUGGAAAUCCCUCAGCUCUUACCAAAACAGUUCUUGUCUUGUGGCUGCUAAGAAGAAUUGAAGGGCUCACGUUCAUAGACGAGUAAGUGGCACCUUCCAGGACCUCAGCACAAACUCGACAGUAUACUUUUGGACCCCCCCGGAUGCUGCAUUUUGGCUGCUACAGCCAAAAGUGACAUUGUUGAAGGAAAAUAAGUCUCACUGAUUUGUUCCACCUACCAGUAACAAACAGCAGUUCAAACAAAAUGUGCAACACGCUUGCACAAAAAACA